GAGGUGUGUGUGGCGAGCGUUGGAGCGGGUGGGGAUAGUAGGGUGCGGGAAGACUGAGGGGUUCCAAAGAGAGAGGGGAAGAAGAGAAAAGUCCCAGAAGCCUGUCCACCGGGUGCUGGGGGCACAGGGCGGUGUUCUGCACUCUCUCCGGGCCCUUCCUGGCGGAGCUGCACGCCGGUCCCGCAAUCAUUUUUAAUCGUGGGUUUCCUGUGGGGCGGCUCGCUUUGCACCCAGGUGUAAGUGGAAGGUUAAGUGGGCGGACGCUGAGUGGUUGCCUUCCAGCCUAGGUCCGCGGGGGAUGUGGUUUAUUUAAUGAAGGAGCACGAGAUCUGGCUUGUCCUUUUUUUUUUUUUAACUUUCCCGGGACCUAGGACUUAAUCUGUUCCUUUGGUCUCCUCAUCUGUAAAAUGAGGUGGUUGGGUCCGGGUGCGGUGGCUCACACCUGCGGUCCCAACACUUUGGGAAGCCGAGGCGGGCGAAUCACUGGAGACCAGGAGUUCGAGGCCAGCCUGGCCAACAUGGUGAAACCCCCAGCUCCAAUAAAAAUACAAUAAAUUGGGCGGGUGCGGUGGCUCACGCCUGUAAUCCCAGCGCUUUGUGAGGCCGAGCAUUCUUGAGGUCAUCUGAACCUUCUGACUGAGAAAAGAUGGUCAACGUCUUGAAAGGAGUGCUUAUAGAAUGUGAUCCUGCCAUGAAGCAGUUUCUGCUGUACUUGGAUGAGUCCAAUGCCCUGGGGAAGAAGUUCAUCAUUCAAGACAUUGAUGACACUCACGUCUUUGUAAUAGCAGAAUUAGUUAAUGUCCUCCAGGAGCGAGUGGGAGAAUUAAUGGACCAAAAUGCUUUUUCCCUUACCCAGAAAUGAAAAUACUCAGUAUGGACCAUUUAGAAAUUGUAAGCAGCAGAAGUGAAAGACUUGCCACUCGAUGUCUUAGGUCUGGUUAGACAUAGAGCGUUGUUUUAGGAGCAUGCCACAGGAAAGACCAAUGGAUCAUUUGUUCAGAAAAAGCCCUGGACUGAUUUUGUUAUACUGUAGAAUUUAAAAAAUAAUAAUAAAAAAAGCUUUAACAGUUGACUGUAA